CCACCUCUCCCUCAGCAGCCGAAAAUUACUGAGGAAAUAGAAUUCAUGGAUCUAGACUCUUUCGAGCUCACUAUGGAAGAGAUAGAACUUGAAGAGGUGGCGCAAGAGGAAAGUUACAUAAAGUGGGGAGAAGGCGAAGAAGGUGAUGAAGAAGUUUAUGCGAAGGUAUUCGGAGAAGGAGAAGAAGAAUAUCGGUAUGAAGACGAAGGUCUCAAAGAUUGGUUUUAUACUGCCACCAAACAUUCUCAGUAUUCGCUUAAAGAAGAACCGAGCAGAAUUUCAGGACAGGUGAACACCGACAUAACGUAUUUUCCGAUAAAAAGAGAAAUUCUUUACCCCACCGACCUGAGAGGAAAACAACAAAUGAAAUACCGUCUUCAAAAAUACAAAUUCACUGACGAAGACUGGGAAAAUUAUAUGCCUCCCAGUCCUCCCGAUGUAACAAAAUCUCAAGAGCUCAAGAAGGAUACGAAUUUCGUCGAUUUACCCGAUGAUACUCAGAUAAUCAUCGGUUCUAAGAACGUAGCCAAUUAUGGAAAGGAAGUUGAAUUCAUAGCACCCUUCGUUUGUAUUAUGGCUGGGGUAGUUUCAAAAAAGUACUCGAUUCUAUCUUGGACUCAAGAUAUUGUUGAUUAUAUAUUGAAGUGCGGAAAUGAGUUAUAUGGAACGUCGAAAUUCAGAUAUGAUCAGGUCUCCACCCUGGAAAUACCAAGAAUAACACUGGGUACCAAUAGUUUCCGGGUUCUUGUCCAAUAUAUUUUUGACAGUUAUACAAGACAGAAUAUAUUGGAACUGGCUCUGAAUAAAAUACUUUUCGUAAGAUCGGAUAUAGGUGUAAUAGUGACACCCCUUUAUGCAUGUGCUGUUUUUUUGAAGAACCAUCUCUACUACAUGUAUGAUUGUUUCGGAAACAAUGAAGUUGGACUCAGUGAAGGUACCAGUAAUGAAGGUACGGCUUACUUUGCCAGAUUCAAAGAUCUGCACUCCUUGGUAACUCGGAUAAUGAUCAACAAAAGAAGGAGGGAGAGAUCAGAGGAAGUAGUAUAUAGUCGCUUCGUACUCAGUUCUGUAAAAGUUAAAGAAAUUCAUGACUGGAAUGAGAUGAUGAAACAGAGGAAAACAGCUAGAAAAGAUAAAAAGAAACCGGCUACUCACAAACCACUUUCCGACGUUGAAGCAGAAAAUGCAGAAGAUGGCGAAGUUGACGAACCUGAAAGAGAUCUGGAAGAUACAGAUGCCGAAGAAGAUGGUGAAGAGGAACCUAAGAAACAUAAGAAAACUGUUGAAAAUGAAGUCGGUUACAAAUAUAGAAGAGGGUUCCAUACUAUAGAAGGAACCACGGCAAUCGGAGGUCGAAAAGUAUUAUCAGAUGAAUUGAAAGAAGAUCACUUCAUUUGUAUUUGUGCUUGUUUGAUGUUAUUAACCUGUCCUGUAGCACGAUGGGAUACCAAAAAAGUGGAUCAAGUUUUGAGAAACGGACAACACGUGUAUUCCCACGCUGAAGAUUUGGAGAUAUCGGAAAAAAGGACUAUAAAAAAUAUUUUGGUUGGAAAAAAUUUCUUCGAUAUCAUUGUGAAGAUGAUCAAGAUAGAGAACUGGAGAAAUAACAGGAAUUUGAAUAAAGGUAUCGACACACUCAUCGGUAAAAAAUUGUCCUACUUCCUAGUUCAGUUUCCCAAUGCUUGUUAUGUAGUGCAUAAGACUCAGAAUGAAAUCUUCCACUUGUUCGACCCAUAUGGUGUACAAAGAAGUGCAAAGGCAGGUUGGGUGCGUUGCAAGAGCCUCAAACAGUUGAAAUUUCGAUUGAAAAAACUCAUUAUAUCUGGUGGAGAAUCGUAUCGAUUUUAUAACUUUGAAGUAACUUCUAUUCAGAAAGCACCGAAGGAGGUUUUGUUGAGUUACAGGUUGCAACAGUAUGAUACUGAAAUGGUUCCGAAGAAAGAAUACUUAGGAAAACCAUUUUACGAAGAAGUCGAGUGGCUUGAAGUAGAUCCCAUUCCAUGGUCCAGGAAAGUAGGACAAUCAGCUGUUGGAAAAACUCGUGGUACAGUGGACAAUUUGUGGCAUAAUUGGGAUGAAGAAUAUCCGAAGGAUCUAUUCUCCUUGAUGGGAAAUAUUCAUCAAUAUUCGGAAAGAUUUUCGAGAGAAACCAGAGGGAAACAAACUCUUGCGAAUUUAGUGACUGCUAUUGGUAUGAUGGAAAUCUAUGAUUUGGCAGAAUGGAAUUCAGCUGUGGUGGAUUCGGUUUUGGUGAAUGGAGACAACUAUUUUGUUGAGUGCAUUCAGGAUAUCUCCGAUGAAGAUUAUGAAAUUUCAAUGGACGAUUUGAAACCCGAUUGUUCCAUAUUUCCAUUCGCUUUCAACGUUACCUUCACUCCAGUUGUGGAAGGAACUAUGUUUUUGGUUAGAGUUACGCAAUUCAACUUGUUUAAAGCUCUAAGAUUUUUUUUCAGUAAUGUCGUCAGGAGAUGUGGAAUAAUAAGUUGCACAAAAUCGGAAAGGAAACGUCACGUGGCUUUCGGAAAACUACAAGAAUCUGAGUACUUUAUGUUCGAUAGUGACUGUCAAGGUAGUCCAAUGUUCCUUGGAGGUUACGGUGUUGCGUAUAUUCUCAGGAUGACGACGUUGAAUAGGUUACUACAUGUUCUCACUUUGACUUUGAGAGGUGGAGAUUUUUUCAUUUAUGAGGUAGAAAUUACUAACCUAAAACCCAUAAGUUGAAUAUCAUACCAAUAAAAGUGUAUGUUUGUUGA